AAUCGGACGUCGUCCGAUGAUGACAGUUGUGUGUACAGUUUGCUGUAAUCUGUUUUAACGAGUUGUAAAUGGAUUGAGUGGUGGAAAAUGGGAAGAAAGCAAUGGCAAAACGCCGUGUAAUUAAUUUUGCGUAACAUCUACAGCAAAUAUGUCGCUUUUGUUUGAAGAUAUUGAGCGAGAUUGAUGAGUUUAGAAUCUACACACUUAAAAAUAUUUCACGACCUCGGUUAAAAAAACUGCCGAAAUCCGUCGGAUCUUUCGAUUCUUGCUGAUAUGUCAGUUGAAAAAACCCAGUAGCCGAAAAUCAGUACCAUUUAAAACUGAAAUAUCAGUUAAAUAAAAAUUUGAACCGAAACUCGGCAACACAACAUGCCGAGCACAUACGUUAACACUGCUGUCACCGAGAUAAUCCGUCAAAAUAACCGAGAAUUCAGCUUUACUACUUGGAUUAGCCGAGGCUCGGUAUUCUAUCUGUCAUUCGCCAUUCUGUUAAUUUCGUGCUAAUGAAACGAAAACCUUUCGGAGUGAGUGUGAAGAAAUUGAUGUAAAAUAAAAAAUGUAAAAAAAAAAGUGAAAAAGAGUCUCUCAGCGUGAAAAAAAAGAGAAUCAGUAGCGUGCGAUCGAGCACAGGUAUGAAGCGGGGUUGGGGCUAGGAAACUCCAUCAGCGCACGCAACCGGUGCUCUUCAGAGCGUCGCUCGGAGCAGUCCCUAUUUAAGGAUCAGAUGUGGAAGCUAAUCCGGUUGCUUCAACCUUUGCCAGACCGUUCAGACCUCCAGGAUUCAUUUCCGGUCACCUACACGAGAACCGUGCCUGUACCAGUGCCCGCUCCUUGUCCGGCUCAUUUUCCUGUACCGGUACCACAUCCAAACGCUGUGCCCCAUCCGGCGGUUGAAUCGGCGCCUGUCCCAACGCUUUCCAUCACAUAAAAAAACCCAUUUGAUACGCAAAUAAAAUCACUAAAA